AUGGCAGACAAGGUCCCUACCCUCACCAAGCUCAUCUUCCCAGUCUACAUAUGCCCAUCCCUGCCCCCACCCCACCCCUACUGCCUAGCCCAGAAUCAGAAGCGUGGCCAGGCCUACGAUUUCCACUUCCCUGAGCCAUUCCUCCCAGCACCCACGGACCCGACUCCUCAGCCCAAGAUCAGCCCCCUUCCUUUUUCCCAGCUAACCACCUUUGGAAUCCACCCCCGAGGCAUUCCGAUCAGUCAGGCCUUAUCCUCUGUGGCUGAGCAAGGUCUCAGAGAGGUGCUGGGGAGCCAUGAGGCAGGUCGAGGGGCACAGCAGUGGAGGAGAAACUUCCGCAGCCGGAAGAUCCUGCACGUGUGCACCCCGAGCCCUGAGGCAUGCGGAGGCCAGGCCAGCAGCGGCAGCAGCAGGAUGAGUGCCAGCGAGGCAGAUGGCCUGGCUGGGCCCGAGCAGGCAGCCUACCACCUGUACAUCUACCCGCAACUGUCUGCCGAGAGUCAGGACUCCUGCCGUGUGACGGCCACCAAGGACACCACCACAUCUGACGUCAUCCGUGAUGCCAUCGCCACCUUGCGCCUGGACGGCUCCAAGCGCUAUGUGCUGGUGGAGGUGAAGGAGUCAGGUGGCGAGGAGUGGGUGCUCGAUGCCAAUGACUCGCCAGUGCACCGCGUGUUGCUGUGGCCCCGGCGCGCCCAGGAUGAGCACCCACGCUGCGACGGCUACUACUUCCUGCUGCAGGAGCGCAAUGCGGAUGGCACCAUCAAGUACCUGCACAUGCAGCUGUUGGCCCAGGCGACUGAUAGAGUGGCAGCUGCCCAGAAGCUGGUGCGGCGCGGCUUCCUGCCCUGGCAGCAGGCCGACUUUGACGACCUAUGCGACCUGCCUGAGCUGACCGAGGCCAACCUGCUACGCAACCUCAAACGGCGCUUCCUGCAGCAGAAGAUCUACACCUACGCCGGCAGCAUCCUCGUGGCCAUCAAUCCCUUCAAGUUCCUGCCCAUCUACAACCCCAAGUACGUGAAGAUGUAUGAGAACCAGCAGCUGGGCCGGCUGGAGCCCCAUAUCUUCGCCAUCGCAGAUGCAGCCUACCACGCCAUGCUGCGCAAGCGCCUUAACCAGUGCAUCGUCAUCUCGGGCGAGAGCGGCUCGGGCAAGACACAGAGCACCAACUUCCUCAUCCACUGCCUCACCGCGCUCAGCCAGAAGGGUUACGCCAGCGGCGUCGAGCGCACCAUCCUGGGCGCCGGGCCUGUGCUCGAGGCUUUCGGCAAUGCCAAGACGGCCCACAACAACAACUCCAGCCGCUUCGGGAAGUUUAUCCAAGUCAACUAUCUGGAGAGUGGGAUCGUGCGUGGAGCUAUUGUGGAAAAGUAUCUGCUAGAAAAAUCUCGCCUCGUCUCCCAGGAGAAGGACGAGAGGAACUACCACGUGUUCUAUUACUUGUUGCUCGGGGUUAGCGAGGAAGAACGCCAAGAAUUCCAGCUCAGGCAGCCGGAAGAUUACUUCUACCUCAACCAGCAUAACUUGAAGAUUGAGGACGCGGAGGACCUGAAGCACGACUUUGAACGGCUCAAGCAAGCCAUGGAGAUGGUGGGCUUCCUGCCGGCCACCAAGAAACAGAUUUUCUCCGUCCUCUCGGCCAUCCUGUACCUUGGCAACGUCACCUACAAGAAGAGGCCCACGGGCCGCGAUGAGGGACUGGAGGUCGGGCCCCCAGAGGUGCUGGACACACUCUCCCACCUCCUCAAGGUGAAGCGAGAGAUCCUGGUGGAGGUUCUCACCAAGAGAAAAACAGUGACCGUCAAUGACAAGCUCAUCCUACCCUACAGUUUCAAUGAGGCCAUAACCGCCCGCGACUCCAUGGCCAAGUCUCUGUAUAGCGCCUUGUUUGACUGGAUCGUGCUACGGAUUAACCACGCCCUCCUCAACAAGAAGGACAUGGAAGAGUCUGUGUCGUGCCUGUCCAUCGGGGUCCUCGACAUCUUCGGGUUUGAAGACUUUGAGAGGAACAGCUUUGAGCAGUUCUGCAUCAACUACGCCAACGAGCAGCUUCAAUAUUACUUCAAUCAGCACAUUUUCAAACUGGAGCAGGAGGAGUACCAGAGCGAAGGCAUCACCUGGCACAACAUCGACUACACGGACAACGUGGGCUGCAUUCACCUCAUCAGCAGGAAGCCCACCGGCCUCUUCUACCUGCUGGAUGAGGAGAGCAGCUUCCCCCACGCCACAAGCCAGACCCUGCUGGCCAAGUUCAAGCAGCAACACGAGGACAACAAGUACUUCCUGGGCACGCCCGUCUUGGAGCCCGCCUUCAUCAUCCAGCACUUCGCGGGGAGGGUUAAGUACCAGAUCAAGGACUUCCGGGAGAAGAACAUGGACUAUAUGCGGCCAGACAUUGUGGCACUCCUGAGGGGUAGUGAUAGCUCCUACGUACGUGAGCUCAUCGGCAUGGACCCUGUGGCCGUGUUCCGCUGGGCUGUGCUGCGGGCCGCCGUGCGAGCCAUGGCCGUGCUACGGGAGGCCGGGCGGCUGCGGGCCGAGAGGAUUGAGAAGGCUGCAGGUACGGGCAGCUCCGGCAUCCGAAAUCACCCAGGAGAGCCACAGAGAGCAGCCAGCACCCCGUCGGAAAAACUGUACCGAGAUUUGCAUGACCAAAUCAUCAAGAGCAUCAAGGGGCUGCCCUGGCAGGGCGAGGACCCCCGGCGGCUUCUCCAGUCCCUCAGCCGGCUCCAGAAAUCCCGAGCCUUCAUCCCGAAAAGUAAAGGUAUCAAACAAAAGCAGAUCAUUCCCAAGAACCUGUUGGACUCCAAGUCGCUGAAGCUCAUCAUUAGCAUGACCCUUCACGACCGCACCACCAAGUCUCUACUGCACCUGCACAAGAAGAAGAAGCCGCCCAGCAUCAGCGCACAGUUCCAGGCGUCCCUUAACAAGCUUCUGGAGGCACUGGGCAAGGCAGAACCCUUCUUUAUCCGCUGUGUCCGCUCCAAUGCGGAGAAGAAGGAGCUGUUCUUUGAUGAGGAGCUGGUGCUACAGCAGCUACGUUACACAGGCAUGCUGGAGACCGUGCGCAUCCGGAGGUCAGGCUACAGCGCCAAGUACACGUUCCAGGACUUCACGGAGCAGUUCCAGGUACUGUUGGCCAAGAACGCGCCACCUUGCAGGGAGGUCAUCUCGACAUUGCUGGAGAAGAUGGCUGUAGACAAGAAGAACUAUCAGAUCGGGAAAACCAAGGUGUUUCUGAAGGAGCUGGAGCGGCAGGCCCUGCAAGAGACCCUGCACCGGGAGGUGGUGCGAAAGAUCCUGCUGUUGCAGAGCUGGUUCCGGAUGGUUUUGGAACGCAGGCACUUCCUGCAGAUGAAGCAGGCCACAGUCACCAUCCAGGCCUGCUGGCGUUCCUACCGAGUCCGGCGGGAGUUGGAAAGAACACAGGCAGCCAUGUUCCUUCAGGCCAUGUGGAGGGGCUACCGGCAGCGGACAGCUUACCAGCACCGGAGACAGAGCAUCAUCCGCCUACAAAGCCUCUGCCGGGGCCACCUGCAGCGCAAGAGCUUCAGCCAGAUGGUCUCAGAGAAGCGGAAGGCAGAGGAGGAGGAGAGGGAGACACAGGUCACCACAGGGGAAGCCAUGAUGGAGACCACUGGGGAGCAGAUGCCUACACAGACUGUGUCUGAGGCUCCCAGUUCCCUGGAUGUGUCAGAGCCUCAGCCAAGUGAUGAGUCCCCCACAGCGAGCUCCCUCCCAGAGACAGAGACCCCAGUCGUGGAGAAGCCCACCCCAUCCCAGAAACUGUCUGCCGAAAGUCACGAGAAAGCCCCCAGCAGCCGCGAGAAGCGCGAGUCUCGACGGCAGAGGGGCCUGGAGCAUGUGAAAUUCCAGAACAAGCACAUGCAGUCAUAUAAGGAAGAGGGGGUCCUCCGAGAUGCUUAUGGAAGGGCAGGCCCAGAGCUGGAGGAGAAUCUUUUGGAAGACCAGAAGGAGAACAGGGAAGAGGGCACCUCCUUGAACACAGAACUGGAGGUCAAGUGCUCAUCUCCUUCAAAGCAGCCCGUGGAGGUUUUACCAGCUACCACAGCCAGCGAGACUUCUGGGAAUGCCCAGGAGGGGAGCCCAAGGCCCAGUCGCACAGAAAGGCCCACCAGCCUGACCCUGGACAGCAGAACUAGUGUCCCAGAAACCCUAAAAGACAGGAGCAGGUCAAGCACCAGCUCCCGGGACCGGCCCGAGAGCCCUGGCAGCUCAGCCCAGAUCCAGCGGUACCGCGACACCGACUCCGAGCGCCUGGCCAUCGCCGUGGAGAUAUGGCGGGGCAAGAAGUUCAUGGCUGCCGCACCCUGCUCUAUGCUCAGCCAGUCGCUGGACCUCAGUGAGCCGUACCGGCCUGCCCUCACGCCCACAGAGGAGAGGCAGAUUUCCUUAUCCACAAGUGACGUCUCCAGACUCCUGUGUCCUCCCAGGACCCAGUCCUCGACAGAAUCUGUGGAUGGGGACCCCAGCUCCAAGAAGCCAUUGGUCCAGAAGAAGAAGUCAAGUGACUUGGGCUGCGUCACAGACCUGGGGCUGUCCCCAGGCCUCCAGGUUGACUCCAAGUCCGCGUUCAAGAGACUCUUCGGGCCUAAGAACAAGGAUAAGAAGUACAGUCUGGAGGGCGUGGAGGAGGUGGAGAACACAGGAUCUGGGCAUGCUGGGCUGGAAGCUGCCACCACCAAGAAGAAUCUAGAAGCCCUCUCCAGCCACCAGCACCGCCACCCCACCGGAGAGAAGCCCACCAAGGAGCCAGGAGGCAAAGGGAAGAAAAACCGGAACCUCAAAAUUGGCAAAAUCACGAUAUCGGAGAAGUGGCGGGAGUCUGUGUUCCGCAACAUCACCAAUGUCAACGAGCUAAAGUACCUGGAUGAGUUCCUGCUCAAGAAGGUCAAUGACCUCCGUUCCCAGAAGACCCCCACUGAAAGCUUGUUCAUCGAGGCGACCGAGAAGUUCCGCAGCAACCUCAAAACUAUGUACUCCGUGCCGAAUGGGAAGAUCCACGUGGGCUACAAGGACCUGAUGGAGAACUACCAGAUUGUGGUGACCAACCUGGCAGCUGAGCGUGGCGAGAAGGAUACCAACCUGGUGCUCAACCUCUUCCAGUUGCUGCUGGACGAAUUCACCCGGAAGCACUCCAAGAGCGACUUCGAGAACCCCAAGCAGAGCAAGUCUCAGAAGAAGAAGCGGAAACAGGAGCGUGCUGUGCAGCAGCACAAUGGGCAUGUGUUCUCCAGCUACCAGGUGAGCAUUCCCCAGUCAUGCGAACACUGCCUCUCCUACAUCUGGCUCAUGGACAAGGCUCUGCUGUGCAGCGUGUGCAAGAUGACCUGUCACAAGAAGUGUGUUCACAAGAUCCAGACCUAUUGCUCCUACACGUGCGGGCAGAAGGUAGAGCCUGGUGCAGAGCCCGGCCACUUCGGAGUGUGUGUCGACAGCCUGACCAGCGACAAGGCCUCGGUGCCCAUCGUGCUGGAGAAACUUCUGGAACACGUGGAGAUGCACGGCCUGUACACCGAGGGCCUCUACCGCAAGUCAGGCACUGCCAACCGCCAGCGGGAGCUCCGGCAGGCGCUACAGACAGACCCCACAGCAGUCAAGCUGGAGAACUACCCCAUUCAUGCCAUCACGGGGGUCCUGAAGCAAUGGCUGCGUGAGCUGCCUGAGCCCCUCAUGACCUUCGCCCAGUACAAUGACUUCCUCCACGCAGUCGAGCUCCCCGAGCGGCUGGAACAGCUGACUGCCAUCUACGCCGUCCUGGACCAUCUGCCUGAAGCCAACCACAACUCCCUAGAGCGACUCAUCUUCCACCUUGUCAAGGUGGCCCUCCUCGAGGAUGUGAACCGCAUGUCACCCAGUGCCUUGGCCAUCAUCUUUGCACCCUGCCUGCUGCGCUGCCCCGAUACCUCAGACCCGCUGACCAGUGUAAAGGACGUGCUGAAGAUCACCACGUGCGUAGAGAUGCUGAUCAAAGAGCAGAUGCGAAAAUACAAGGUGAAGAUGGAGGAGAUCAACCAGCUGGAGGCUGCCGAGAGCAUCGCCUUCCGCCGACUCUCGCUGCUGCGGCAAAACACUCCAUGGCUUCUCAAACUGGGGUUCUCGUCUCCCUACGAGGGGGUCCUGAACAAGAGCCCCAAAGCCCGGGCGAGCAGUGGCGGUCUGGAGGAGCUAGGGGUGCUGCCGGAGGAAGUGGCAGCAGUGGCUGCGGACGAUGAGGACCGUGAGAAGGAGAUCCUCAUGGAGCGCAUUCAGUCCAUCAAGGAGGAGAAGCAAGACAUCACCUACCGCCUUCCAGAGCUGGACCCACGUGGCUCAGAUGAAGAAAACCUGGACUCGGAGACUUCGGCUAGCACAGAGAGCCUGCUGGAGGAGUGGGCCGGGCGGGGGGCCUCGGAAGGGCCCCCUGUGCCUGGUGUCCCCCACCCUGGCACACCCACCCCGAGCCCCCUCCCCGUGGUGGCCGAGGUGGCAGCCCCUCCACGACGCAGGCCGUCGUCCUUCGUGACGGUCCGAGUGAAGACCCCCCGGCGCACACCUGUCAUGCCCAUGGCCAAUAUCAAGCUGCCGCCCGGUCUGCCAGCCCACCUGUGUGGCUGGGCACCCCAGACCCAUGAGUCUGGGGUUCCCGUGAGGCGCCGUGAGCCACCUGCCCGCCGCCCAGAUCUGGUGCACUCGGUGUACGUGGCGCCUGGUGCUGAGCUGCCUAUGCAGGCAGCCCUCGAGACCCUGGACGAGGAGAAACAGCCCCCCAGCGCCAAACGGAGGUACUCUGACCCUCCAACAUACUGCCUGCCCCGCGCCCCAGACCAGGCCAAUGGUUGA